AUGCAUCAGGUAAAGGAAUUCUUCCAUAUCAAACGAUGCAACAAGUGUCAGGGCUUCCGACACCUCGCUAAAGACUGCCCCAACACCAGGCCGUUCUGUGGUAACUGUGCAGGACAUCACAAGUGGUGUGCAUCAACUAUGCAAUGCACAACCAAAUACACGGGACACAGUACCCAAUCAGCCACCGCACUGACAACCAGAGCUGCUCCUGCUACAAGGGAGAGAUCGGAAAUUGCCACGUCAGCCCUACUAGAUGCCAAAACCAAAUUUCAACCCAACAUCAUUCUAGUACAGGAGCCAUACAUCCUAGAUGGUAGAAUAGCAGGCAUACCAAGGUCUAGGAACCAAUACACCUCCAAGAACAACAAAGCGGGAAUCAUCACCCUCCCAACCUAUUCAAAGCCACUCCUCCUGUCUACUUCCGAAAAUAGUAUUAGUAUAAAAAUCCAAACAGACAAAGGCCCACUAACCGUAACUUCAUCUUACUCAUCGCCAAAUGGAAAUAUACAAGAAGCAACCCAAGAAAUAGAGCAAUUAAUAACCAAUCUAAACGAAGAAAGCAUAAUAAUUGGGGCUGACUGGAAUGCCCACAAUAGGCUCUGGGGGUAUCCCAAUGAAGACACCAAAGUCUCCCUGGUAGAGGAUUUCCUACUCACAAAAGAACUCUUUCUCCUCAACGAUGCCAAUUCUCCACCAACCUUUGAGCACAAUUUCUCCAAAGACUGGCCAGACCUAACAAUAGUCAAAGGAGCAGACCUCGCAAACUCAGCAAAGUGGUCCGUCUCGGAGUCUUACUCCCACAGCGACCACAAAUACAUAACAAUAGAAAUCAAUAUACCCCAAACGCAGCACCACUAUACAAGAUUUAAAACCGCCUAUGGGGGCCAUAAGAGAAUGCUGAACAUCUUGGCCACCAUGCUACCGGAAAUCAACAGGAAAAUAAAAGAGAGCCGAAAAAAAACAGAAUUAAAAGCAAUAAUAGCCCUCCAAUCUGCAAUAUAUAAAGCCUGCAAGAAAGUUUACAAAAUUAAAAAAGUCAAAACAACACACAACAACUGGUGGAACCAAUCCCUCCAAAUAAGGAAAAAGGAGUUGCAAGCCCUGAAAAGAAGACUGAACAAAUCACCAAUAGCCGAAAAAACUCAAUAA